AUGACUGGUCUAUGGGGAAAGAAGGUGCUUAGCCCACAGGACAGGACUGCUGUACGGACCUGGAGAACUUCACAGCAGUUCAGACCUCCCUCCUCUGCCACUGAAGGCAAACACCAUCCUGACAGCACCUCUUGUCCAGGUCUCCGGACGUGGGUGCAAACACCAGGGGGGACUGCUCCUUCGGUGACCGAAACUUGGAGGGAAAUCACCGGUUCUGCAUCCCUCCAUCCACCGCCAGGAGCCAAGAGGGGGCCGCGCACCGCCGCUGAGCUGCUGCAGCCAGGAGGUUAUUUCUCCCCGGAACAGGUGUCAAAGGACGAAGGGUCUCACUCCUCAGCUCGGGCUAGCAGCUGCGCUGUACGGCACAACGACCAGUUUAGCAGGCCUGUUCUUCCAUCUCCACCUUGCAUACUGCUCAACAAUUACACUCCCACCAAACGCUACAAACUAUGUAAACCAGUGGUACACUCACAAACCCACAAGCACACCAAUUGCCACCCUAACUUCCCUGUCACUUUAUUACGCUGUUUGUGCUCUGUCAGUUCCUUAAGUCCUCAGCAUUGUAUCGACGCACCGUUUCUCUCCCGCAGCUCAAAGGAAAGCUACCAACUAAGUGGUGCUAAUUUACUAACCAGUAGCAACAAGAAAUGCCAAAGCGUUCAGAGUCUCAAAUUAGAACAGUUGCCAGGGUCUUCAGACUUAUAAAAUAUUUUCUGUAGGCCGUGAUGUUUGGCAUAAAUACACUGCCAGAGUAAGGUCAUCCAAAUCAAAACCAUAACCGGUGGAAUGGUGGCAGAAAACGUUAACAAUUAUGAUACACAUGUUCUUUUCCCCUUAGGACAAGAGAUUCUCAUCGUGUUCCUUUUUGUUAUGCCAGAAAUAUUUAACUGAUUCAUGUUUUGUGGUGUAGAUACAUUAAGUCAGUUUCUGUUCCUGUUUCUUAACAGUUCAUUUUAUGUAACAUACAGAUUCAUUUAAGCCAAAGUAAAGUAUUCUGAUCUCUAACAUUUCUUUAUCUCUAACCCGUAACUACCACUAAUAAAUUUCUGAUGCGGGCCCGGUGGGAUACAGGUUCUAACAAGCAAAUUUAGCAAGGGUUUGAAGAUGGACUGACGUGCCUCUCUAGUGUUAUUUGUAAACCUCAUUAUUUUGCUUCAGGAGGCUGAAGCAGAUAUUUCCACUAUGGAAAAAACUAAGGGAACAGACUGUUUUCUACCUUAACACUAUCAUCACAGGGAAGUAAAAUCCAAAAGGAGAGAAGUGACAUAACUGGGCCAUGAUUGAUGCACAUGGGCAAUUCACAUUAGAAAAUAAGGAUCAUGUGGCAGGCAAGGCUGAACAGGGAAGCAAAGGCAACCCUAAGCACUAUCUAUAAUUAGCCCUAAAGUGGGAAGAAACAGAAUGAUCUGGGUUCACAAGAGGUCAUGCAAAAGUGCUGCUUUUCAGUUUCGGGAGCAGCAGGUUCACACUGCAGAGCUGCAUGCUUGAACCACCCCCACAGUCAACGUCAACUAAAGUCACGGAGUUUAGGGCUUUUUUCCCCCCUACAGACAAUCACGUUACUGCUUUUUAUAUGCAAAAAUUGCUAACAAAAAGCAAAUUUCAAAAUCUCCAGCAUGAGUGUUCAUGGAAACCAAAGCUUAAACAGAUCAGUAAACAAGAGAGAAAUGACCCGAUUUCCACCCAUUAUAAAUAGGACCACGCCUCACCCACAAUGAUUUUCUGUCAGUGCCUGUGGGUGAUGACAGAACUCUGUCAUUCAG